AUGUCACACAAUAUGUCAAACAACCAGGAAGGACAUCAAAGUAUGUCGAUUGAAGACCGUCUCUAUGAAUUAUUCGAGACGGAGAUUCUUCAAAGUGUUAAUGAGUCUAAGGAAACCUAUGAGUCCGAGCUAGUCAAUCACUACACUCAGAAACUCAAACUUAGCACUCUUAACUGGUGGUACCAAAAAGAUUUGGUGCCAAAGAGAUAUCAAUUUAGAAACCAAAUUGAAUCAAACGAUCAAGUCUUAACUAAAAGACUCGAGCUCGAACGAUUAUCUCACAUUAUCAACCAAUUGAAUACAAAUAUCAAAAGCGUUGAUCAAAUCACUGAAGACCUGCAAGCCGACGCAAAAAGAAAACUCAUGAUAGUCAUGGAGUCUUGCAUCGAGACUAUGCAGUACGAUCCAAGCCAACGAAACUUCGAAAUCUUGGAAAACGUAAAGGUCCUCUUCAAGCAAAAACUCGAUGAACUAUUAUCGGAUCUUACAAAAGAAACCUCUUUUAUACAAAUAAAGCAGGCUCGCCUUUGCAAGAAUAAAACCGAAAAAGCUAUCAAGAAACUUGAAAAGUUUGAGGAAGCACAAUUCCACGAUGCUAUUAUGACUACUGAGCAAAGUAGUGAUCAUCGUACUCCCACGUCUUUAUGUUGCCAUCACUGUACCCUGGAUAAACAGGAAUACAUUAGAAACAACAGACCUAGUACGAGGAAUGUCAAGAAAUCCAAUGGGAAUAAGAAACCUAAUGGGAAUAACAAGGCAAACCGUACCAGGAAGGAUAGCCCAGGAUCAAAACCUUCCCGGCCUAAUCAACAAAGACCAUACCAAAGGGAGACUUCAACAAGGACUAACCAAAAAAACUGGCUGAACUCUCUUACGAAUCUGCAACGGAAUCAAUCCAAAGCGAACGUAAGAGAGUCCAACAGAGGAAAAAACCAGAAAAGAAAGGGCCAAAGAAAGCCGAUGAAAAAAUUUUCCUCAAGACAAGAAGACUGA